AUGAAGCGUUACCUAGGUUUGAAGCAAGGGCCUACCGUCUCACAAGCCCUCCAGAAGAAUCCAAAGUUCAAGUCACUCCUUGACCAACUUGGCUUUGGACCACAAGCAGGGGAAGCAGCUGCUAUGGCCCUCAUGAACAUCUCUGCAAAGCCUAAUCCUCAUUACUUCACUACCCAACCGCAAAGGUCGUUCUUGGAAAACGAUAAUGCUAUUGUCUUCACUGAUGAAGAUAUGGAAGUCCCGUAUCCGGAUCAUAAGAGGCCGUUUUACUUAGAGGGUCAGAUCAAUGACGUGUUUAUAAGGAGAGCUUUGGUAGACACGGGCUCUUCUGUCAACAUAUUACCUCUCUUUGUGCUCAUGGCAGCUAGCAUUCCACUCUCUAAAGUAGUACAGUCUCAAACAGGCAUCAAUGGUUUGGGGAAUAAAAGCGAGUUUUAUGUGGUGGAUGUGGAUGUGGCUUACCAUGCUUUACUUGGGAUGCCAUGGCUCAACAAGCACAAGCUUGUGGUCUCCACCUACCACCAAUGCGUGAAGGAAAGGAUCGGGCUGAGACCACUUCGUAUACCAGGAAACCAAGCAUUGUUCAACCAAAACGAAGCCCAUUAUUCGGAGGCGAAAUUUUACACCGAAUGCACAGGUGCUGGAAGCAACCCAUCCAAGGGUAUUGGAACCUAUCUACCUUCAUGGACCGAAGUUUGUGAUCUUAGCAAUGAGGAACUCAUAACAAUCGUUGAUCAAGAAAGAAAGAGAUACUUGGAAAUCAACAACCAUGCUUACACUCAGCCCUAA